UUUCCAAAAUGGCGACGUUUGCAAUGUUUGUUACAGGAUGAGAUUUUGUUGGUGUAAAGACAACAUUUAAACGUAUCGAAAUGGCCGAGAAGCUCACUAACGAACAUGAUAUUCUUCAACUUUUCAAAUCGAAGGUAGAAGAAGCUGUUGGAAUGGUAGCAUUAAUUCCUGAUGCCCAAAGACGACAGCUUCAUGAUUUCUGGGAUGUGAUAUCAAAUACUAUCAAUCCAUUAAGUAAAUGUGAUGAUAAAACCAAGACUGCUGCUGCCAGCAAUGAUAUUUUAAAGACAGGUGAUGAUCAAAGUAAGAAUGAUGAAGCAAGUAAUAGAAUUCAAGAGGAAUGUGACAGUACUGUUCAAAAUAAGAACAAUGAAACCAACUAUAGUAUUGAAGAGGAAUGUCUGCCACCAGAUAACACUGGACAGGAAAUUCAAGCAAAUGAACAUGGCACGACAAAUGAGGAUGGGCAACUGGUCUCAUCGGAUAUUCAGGACUUUCUGGACAUGGUCUCUACUUCAAAUCAAAUAACUUAUUCAGGAUCUCCAGUGACAAGCACUCUGUCCGGUCAAAGUCUAUCAGUAACACCAUUCUCCUUACCUGAGGAUACACCUAGUCAAUUUACAUGCACCAGUGGUCAACAGGAUGUAACAUUAGAAGUUACUGCUCACCACAAUUUUGAUAAUCAGGAUGUGACCAGUAAUGAUGUGUCUGAUACAGAAUAUCUGGACAAUAAAAACGUUAUUGAAAUAGAAGCACAUCCAGGUGCUCCUACAAAGGAAGGUAUGGUGAGCAUACUCAAAAAAGAAAUUGCUGCCCCAACAGAAAUUAUGUGUGAAGUCAGAGAAGAUAGUCAAACGAUAGAGAUCCAUCUUCCGCCAGAUUUUGCAGAAGGAGAAAUUUUGACACCAGAAAAACUCAGUAUGUUAUUACAAGGUCAGUUUCAAAAUUAUUCACCUGUGAAAGCAGAAACUUCAAAUAUUCAUGAACAUCAGUUUGUGGAUGAUAGUGUUUCAGUAAAUACACCAUUGAUGGAAAAUGUUUCAAAAUUAGACUUCAAAAAUGAGGUUCAAGUGUUUCAUGAACAGAGUUUAGCUACUAGUAACAAAUCUACCAAGAAUGGAUACAGUGAAGUUCUUCAUGAAAUCACAGAUAACAAACAUCCCAAGGCAGACUCUCAUGUUGUACCUAGUUACAAUGAACCAUCCUUGUGUAAUGGUAAAAGGAAGAGAAAAAAGUUAAUGUCUUCUCCAGAAAGAUCGAGUAAACGAAUAAAACAAAAAAAAGAUAAUGUAUUAGUUGAGGGAGACAUACUGACUCCAGAUAAGGUUUUGGAUUAUUUGUAUGGUGAAGAAAUUGAUAAGGAAAUCGACAAUAAAGAGUUGGAUCAAGAUGACAACAAUGAACAUGCAGUGAAAACAGGUAGUAGAAGAAGAAGAAGAAACAUUCGGUUAAAACAAGACAUAAGCUCUAAAUCUCUACCACCACAGCGCUCUUCCAAGCGACCACAUGCUGAAAGGAAUAAAACAGGAAACGGUGAAUUUCCUUGGGAAUGUAAAACAUGUGGAAUUAAACUAUCAAAUUCAGGAGCUCUAUUGGUUCACGAGAGAAAGCAUACCGGAGUUAGGCCAUUUUCGUGCAAGGAAUGUGACAAGACAUUCACAACUAAGCAGAAUAUGAAACGUCACGAGCUCAGUCAUACGGGAGAGAAGCCUUUCACUUGUGACCUCUGUGAGAAGAGUUUCACAGAGAAGAAAAGCCUUAUCAUUCACAAAAGGACUCACACAGGGCGAGAAACCUUAUGUGUGUACGAUUUGUGGCAGAGCCUUCACCCAGAGUGUCACACUCCAUACACAUAUGAUGAUACACACAGGCGACAAGAAACACUUAUGUGAGCUGUGUGGGAAGUCCUUCAGGCAAAGGGCAAAUCUCCUCUCACACAAAAAACGUCACAUGGAGGAGAAAUCUUACAACUGCCCAGAUUGUAGCUUCUCAUUUUUUACUAAAGGUGAAUUAGAUCGCCAUAUCCUGCGACACACAGGAGAAAAGCCAUUCCAAUGUGACAUAUGUCCGAAACGUUUCACUCGACAACAAUACCUCAAUGAGCACCUGAACAUUCACAUUGGCAACAAGCCUUAUAGUUGUAAUAAGUGUGAGGAGAAAUUCCAUGACCAGUCAACCUACCAUCGUCACCUUAAGAAGCACAAGACUAAAAAGGAGCUGACGGUGAAAGAGGAGGUGGUAUUGGAACCAUUAAAUACUGGAGAUUCUAAAGAAACAACAACUUACGUGAUGGAGACAAACAAUUUACUGGGUCAUGAUGCAUUAGAACAGUUACAGGCCGUCAUUAAUAAUGAGGUGGAGAAGAUCCAACAUCAAUCGGGAACAAACCAACAGUAUCAAACAGUCAUCCUAAAGGGUAGCAGUGCUCAGCCAGUGGAGGCAUUGGAGGAGGGGAACAAGAGCACGGCCGAUGUCAAGGAGGGUGAUCAGGUCUAUCAGAUCACGAUGGUAGACCAAUCACAGGAAGUUGUGGCCACUGUGGACUUCUCAGCGUUCAAUCUUCUAGCCAAUGCCACAGCUAAACAGUAUGCCAUAUCAUCUGAGUAGUGUGUUAAGUGUCAUAGUAAAUCUGGCAGACACUCUGUCUAUCUAUUUCUUCUGAGUAGAGCAUGGUGUGUCGUAUGACAUUUCUGUCCUCUGGCCAACAUUUAACAGUAUACUAUAAAUUCUGACUAAUGCCACAGCACAGUAUGUUAUAUCAUGGAGUAUUUUGAACUUUUUUGUCUUCAGUGUUUGAGCUGCCAUAUGAUAAUAUAUUUUCUUUUUGAUAGAUAUUGAUAUUAUGAAUAAAUCAAGUGAAAUCCAGUGAAAUAAAUUUCUUGAAAUUUGAUACCUCUGAAAAAACUUGGAUAUGUGUUCUGAAUAGAAUGAAAGUGGCAACAACAGUUUAUAUGUCAAGUGUUUUUAACAGUGCUGAACUUUGGGAGUUAUAUAUUUUUAUUUCUAAUUUUGCCUUACAUUACUAACUUAAUGUAAAGUGCAAGUGAUAUGUUUAUAAUAUACAAGAAUGCUAUCUACUUGUUUUUAGUUUCGACAAUCUUAGCUCAGAAUGCACAGCGAAUUGACCAUUCAUUUGUAUAAGCAUGUGAAAUGCAACUUCUACUAAGUAUUUUGAAGGGAAUUUUCAAGUUUUUGAAAUGUCACUGUGUAACUAAAGUCAUCUACAUUGAUGUGUUCGUUUGUAAGUGACUACCCUGGUAGUUGUUUUCACUCUGAUAUACUGGAUAUGUGCAUGUACUAUCAGUAUGAUUAUUGUUAUAAAUAUACUGUAUGUUUGAUUUAAUCAGUAUCAUAAAUAUAAUCCGUAUGAAUAAAAUAAAAGGUGAUUGCCAAUAAUGUUUUGAAUCAACA